AAACACAAACACAAACACAAACACAAACAUACACACUUGUACACAGUUUUUGGAAUGGCGCCUAUCUUCACCACACUUGUUGGCGGCACAGUCGGUCUGAUUACGGGAAUGUACUCAAUGGGUCUGCGGGGACGCACAGUCGUGAAGCCUCACCUGAGCUAUGCGAUUUUCACGGCAGCCGGUUGUUACAUUGGAUUCAAGUACUAUGAGUUUAAGCAGUACGAGGGUCAGCUUAUUGAGAAGCGCAGGGAAUAUCUGUUGGAGAAGCGUGCGCAGCGUCAGGCAGAGGCCAGCAGCUGAGUUCUUUUUUAUUAAUGUUUCGAUCUGUUCAAUCUUGCUUUCGAUAUUAUUCCAGCUACAUUGAGGGUUUG